AUGCUUCUCGAUCGACCGCUAACAAUCUACACACGCGAUCGUACACAAACACGUUCGUGCAAACACGGACAAACACUACGGAUCGUGACAGAACAGCGCGCAGUCCACACUGUGUCACGUUCUUCGAGCAUGGAACUGGAUGGGGAUGGUGGUGGAAUGAUUCGGGCGAGAAGGACCACUAGGCCAACACGACCUCUACUUCGACUAGCCAGUCUUAACAGCGUAGACCAAACGAAGGAAUCUGGUGGUCUACGUGGACGAGUUCAAAAAAUGAGUCAACUGGUCGUAUUUGAGGAGACCAGUGCACAAGCAGCUCAAUGUACGACAACGACCACCACCACCACCAUAAUCCAAGCAAGGCGCUGGCGCGAUGAUCGGAAAACUGGUGCAAAAUCAGCAUCGGUUCAGGCGAACAUUUACGCACGGGUGCGUACACACGACAACAGCCAUCAUCACCAAACAUACGAGCAAUUCAGGCGACACCCCAUCACACACGUACACACAUACAAGCUAGCGACUGGGUAUGGUGGCGCACUCGGUUACGCAGUGAACCGGUUUGGGGAUUACGGACCGACAAGAUUGGUCGAUGGUCGACAUGCGGCACAUGGCGAAAGUCCGUUGGGGUAUCACAUGCGCAACGUGACCAAAAAGCAGGUCACAUCGAAACAUCCAUCCAUCCACCCAUCGACUGAUGUACGCACACAGGGUGGUCGUCUUUCGCCUGUGUUGGCUCAGCCAUGGGGCAAAGAUGGUGGGAGUUGGUGCGGUGUUUUCAGCCAUUAUGGAGUGGAUAAAUUAUAUGACACCCUGUGUUCUCUAGGUAAAGAUGCCCCACACCGCCUGAUCAACUCACUGGCCCCUCCGCACUGA